AUGAGUGCCUCCUCUGCACGCCCUGCCCAGCCGCCCGCACCUGCCAGCAAGAGCAAGAGCCGGGUGCGCGCCAACGUCAGCAACGACCACCCCCACGAUGCGAGCAGAAGCGGCGACGGCGGCGGCAAAGCGCAUGGCGGACUCGUUAGCGAGGCCCCAGACCAGAGCGAACGGCAGCCUGGUCCGUCGCGGCCCACACAAAGCCAUCGGGAAGAUCACGGCAGUAUGCGAAUCUGCGUUCGCGGAGCUCGCAUGGGACACCUGCGCAAUGCAGCAGGAUUUCGGCCUCGCAAUGGAGACAACGAGGCAGACCAUAUCGCAUCCCGGGUCCUCCGUCCGCGCUCACGCUUGCCUGACGCUGCUCUCGUCCAGACCGUGCACGCCGGCGACGGUUGGAAGGCCUCUAGCCGGCCUCUCCUCCGGCCAAGGACACACGUUCAAGUAUCUGUUCCCGCGUCUCCUGCGAGUGCCCCCGGCUGUGCAUCUCCCUCCUCGUCAUCCUUUCUUUCGCGCUCGCCACUCUCGCCGUUGUCCCCGCUUUCGCCUGCGGACCUCCGCCUGCCUCCCUCGCCGGUCUGCUCGUCGCUCGCAAGCACCGGCCUGCCCGCGUACCCGCAAGACCAGGCGCCGCCGUCCCCACGCGAGUCCCGCGCGCGCUCUCAUACUCAUCGUCACUCUGUCCCACCAUCAACAUUGACCAUCCGAAGCGGCUUCAUUGUCCAGCGCGCACCACCCACGCUCGCCAUGUCCAUCCAGAUCCACGCUCCCAUCCCCGUCCUGUCCUCGCGGGCACAGUCACCCCCACCGCAUACCUUAUCUAACAGCAGUGCCCGCCCGCGGUCGCUCUCCCGCCGUCGCACCUCGCAGUCCCGCCCAUCGUCGCCGGACAUCCCGGCCCUUCCCCGUCCGCCGAUGACCCGCCCGCCGAGCCGCUCCGAGCGCCUUCUGCGCGACACCCUGCGCCGCGCGGAGGAGCACGAUCGCAUGUUGAGCAUCCACCCGCUGCCGAGCCCGAAGCUGUCGAGCGCGGGCGCGUCCCUCCCUGGCUCGCCGUUCCUCUCACCCACGGGCGUCCUCGCGAUGCCCGUUGGCGCCCUCUCGCUCAACGCCAGCGACAGCACAAGUCGGAGACACAGUCGUCGCAAUACGACGUCGUCGGCGUCAUCGUCGUUCGACGUGUGCGACCUUGCGCUCGCGUAUGACGAGGUCGACGGUGGACGCUAUGAUGACGUCGAUGGGUUUGUGGCGUCGUCGUCGUCGUCGUCGGGCCAUGGACACAAUCAAUCAUACUUUUACACCUCGACGCCCGCUGUGAGGCCCGCGCUAGGACGGCACAGGAGCAUGACGCACCACGGGGGGAGCAGCCGGAGCGUCGAGCCUCCCAUGCCCACUGCCGCACGGACGUUCUCGGACUCGGGGCCACGCAUGCCAUAUGGUACGGCAGCGUCGCCGCCACACCGGCGGAGCCAGGCGCCGUCGCGCUCGUCGAUUGAUGCGCCGCACGAGGCGGUGCUGAUGACCCAGCUGGACGGCGUGCUGAGGAGCGCUAAAAAGGAGCGGGAGAGGAAGGAAAGAAGGCUGAGUAGUGGGAGUGCGAGCGGUGGGACAGGCGCGAAUUCGAUGGCGAGUAGUAGGAACUUGAGCGCGGAAAGCGAUUUGUAUUUGGGGGUGGAGUCGAGCGUCACGUCGCUAUCGUCGUUCGACUCGAAGCCGACGCUUGCGGCUGCCAACAGUACCACCGCGCGGACUCGCACGAGCUUCUCGUCCACACGUUCCGUCCCAUCGCCGCAGUCCGCCGCGCGCUCGCCUGUGCUCGCACCAAGGACGCUCAAGACCGCCCCGGGCCCCGGGUCGCCACAGCUCGCACCGAGCCCGCUCACGCCACCGCCGACGCCGCCGUUCAAUGCGCGCACGGCAGCGGAGCUGUGCAAGGCGAUGGACGGAUACGUGUCGUUUGCGAAUAUCGAGGGGCUGGGCGUGCCUGGUGGUGAGGAAGAUAGUGAGGAGGAGGAGGAGGAUGGGAGGGCGAGGGGGAGGUGGUGGCAGUGGUUGACGAUGAGUGCGAAGGGGAAGAAUGGGAGGGAGAGGGAGAGGGAGAAUGGGUGGGAGAGGGCGUUGUCGCGGUGA